UCACCCCAUAGAUUCCUUCAAAGAGGAAUAAUAAAAAAAUAAUAAAAAAAUAAUAAAAAAAUAAUAAAAAAAUAAAAAAACUUGCAAGCUCUAAAAUGGCGGAGGAACCGAGCAAGAUCGAAUCGAUCAGGAAAUGGGUCGUGCAGCACAAGCUCCGAACCGUCGCUUGCCUUUGGCUGAGUGGAAUUGGGGGCUCGGUGGCUUACAAUUGGUCGAGGCCCAACAUGAAACCUAGCGUUAAGAUCAUUCAUGCAAGGUUGCAUGCUCAGGCUCUCACCCUUGCUGCCUUAGUGGGAGCAGCAGCAGUUGAAUACAUCGACCAUCGAUCUAGUUCUGGAACCAAUACUAGCAAAUACCCAAAGCAACUUUUGCACCAUCAGCACGAGGACUAAAGAUCUUUUAGCAACUGCUUGUCUGCUUUGAUUCCAUCAUUUCAUUUGUUUUGAGAUGGUUAUACUGCGAUCAACCGGUAAAAUGAUGAGUUAUGGGCUGGUAGAGGAUACUUUCGCAAUUAUGUGAAGCUCCUUUUUGUGCAAGCGGUGCUCAAGAGUUUGUGAUGUAUUAAUAAUAAUGUUUGCUUUGAAUCAUUGUAUUUCAGAGAGUUUUACAGGACAUGUUUUCACUGUUGAUACUGUUAUCACGAUUGAAAAAUCAUAUUGCGCACAUUGCGGCA